ACUUUUAUUUUAGGAAGUUUGAGUUUCUCUCUCUCUAUAAUGGAAAAGGCUGGAAGUUUGCUCUCUUCUUUUCCUAGAAAACCUGAUCUGUAGAGUUCCUGAGAGCCACAGAACAAGGGGAUUGGCUUCCCUCAGCCAUUUCCAGCCAUUCAAGGAGUGGUGCUGCAAGGAUUUCCCCUGCUAGCUGCCGCUCCUGGCAAUCAUGUUUAGUGAGUCAUACUCAGAUUGGGAGUACAACUAAACUAUGGAACAGAGAAUGACAACAGACUCUUAGUCACCCAUCCCAGCAAACAAUCAUGUUGGAGGGACUGGUAGCCUGGGUCCUCAACACCUAUUUGGGCAAAUAUGUCAAUAACCUCAACACAGACCAACUCUCAGUAGCUCUUCUGAAAGGUGCUGUUGAAUUGGAAAACUUACCUUUAAAGAAAGAUGCCUUGAAGGAAUUGGAGUUGCCAUUUGAAGUAAAAGCAGGUUUCAUUGGCAAAAUAACUCUCCAGAUACCUUUUUAUCGCCCUCAUGUGGAUCCCUGGGUAAUAUCGAUCUCAAAACUUCACGUAAUUGGUGCACCAGAGAAGCAAGAAGAUUUUGAUGAAGAAAGGGAGAAACUGCUAGAAAGAGAACACAAGAAAGCUCUUCUUUUAGCACUGGAAGAAAAAUGGAAAAAAGAACGACAGCAGAAAGGAGAAUCUUACUGGUAUUCAGUUACUGCAUCUGUAGUCACAAGAAUUGUAGAGAACAUUGAAUUAAAAAUUCAAGAUGUCCAUCUGCGAUUUGAGGAUGGCAUCACAAAUCCUUCACAGCCAUUUGCCUUUGGAGUGUGCAUCAAAAACGUAUCCAUGCAAAAUGCUGUAAAUGUGCCUGUAGAGAAGCUGAUGCGGAAAAAGCAGCUGGAUGUUGCUGACUUCAGUAUUUAUUGGGAUACUUAUUGCACUUUAUUGGGAGACCUGCCUCUUGGUGAGCUACAGGAUGCAAUGGAUAAAAGUAUGGAGAGCCGUGAUCAUAAUUACAUUAUGGAGCCUGUAUGUACUUCAGCUCUUCUCAGGAGAAAUUGUUCUAAGGAACCUUUAAGGUCACGACAGACACCACGGCUUGAGUGUGAUAUCCAGCUUGAGACAAUACCAUUAAAACUUUCACAGAUACAGUAUCAGCAAAUUAUGGAGUUCUUAAAGGAGUUGGAUCGAAAAGAGAGACAGCUAAAAUUCAGAAAAUGGAAACCAAAGGUUAUGGUAGCUGGCAACUGCCGAGAAUGGUGGAUCUUUGCUUUGAAUGCUAAUCUAUCAGAGAUCAGAGAACAGAGGCAACGUUCUACAUGGGACUUUGCAUUCCGCCGGGCCCAAGAUGCUGUGUCUUACACAGAUAUGUAUUACAGUAGGUUAAAAGGCAUCCCGCUGUCUACUGCAGAACAGGAGGAAAUGCAUCGUAUUGAAGAAGAGCAGACAUUUGAGGAGAUGAAGAUUUUACGUGAGAUUGUUUAUGAGAAAUUCCAUGAAGUAGCUGAGAGUGUUAAAGAGCCUUUCUCUGAGUCCCCUGGAGUUUCUCCUACAGAUCCUGAAUGUAGCAGUGGCAGUGGGAUGCUGCAGUAUCUUCAGUCAUGGUUUCCUGGGUGGGGAGGCUGGUAUGGAUACUCUCAGGAAACAUAUGAAGGUGAACCUUUUGAAGGACUUCUACCAGAAACACAAGAACAGUGGAGUCCUGAAGACAUACGGGGUGCUGAUGAAUUUUUUGAUCCAGCUGCAGAUGCCUCCAAUAUGAACACAUUUACUAAGAGAGAUCAUGUGUUUGCUAAAUUAAAUCUCCAGUUGCAUGGUGGUACUGUCACCUUGUUGCAUAAGGAGAAGAGGACUCCCUGUACAACUGAAAGUGCUUUCAUGCAGCUGGAAUUUUCAGGUGUGAAGAUCUUAGCAGAAUCCCUUCCUCGCAGAAAUUCUUCUCUUCUUAAAGUUCAACUGGGUGGACUCUUUCUGCGAGAUUUAGCAACAGAAGGGACUAUAUUUCCUGUUCUUGUCUUUCCUAAUCCUCAAAAAGAGGUUGGCUGUGUCUCUUCCUUUGGUUUCCAAACUUCGUCUUCAGAAAUGACUAAUCAGAGCACUGAUGCAGACCCUGAUGCACCAGUAUUUGAGAUGCUGUAUGAGAGAAACCCAGCCCGCAGCAAUUUUGAGAGACGCCUGGAAGUCAGUACCAGACCUCUAAAUAUUAUUUACAAUCCACAAGCCAUUAAGAAAGUAGCCGAUUUCUUCUACAAGGGAAGGGUUCAUACCUCAGGUUUUGGAUAUCAGUCUGAGCUGGAGGUGAGAGUGGCUGAAGCGGCUAGAAGACAGUACAACAAACUUAAAAUGCAGACAAAGGCUGAAAUCAGGCAAACGAUUGAUCGUUUACUAGUGGGAGAUUUCAUUGAAGACAGCAAACGUUGGACAGUGUACCUCAAUAUCUCUGCCCCUCAGGUGAUCUUCCCUGAUGAUUUCAGAUUUGUGGACCCAGUGUUAGUAGUACUGGAUCUGGGGAGAAUAUUACUUACCAAUUCCCAAGAUGAGUCUAAAAUGAAGAGUAUUGAUGGUUUAUUGUCAGAGGUCAAUGAACUGAGUGAUGAUGAAUAUAAAACACCCCUAGCAACUCCUCCCAAUACGCCACCUUCUGAGUCCACCACAAGUUGUGGAAUCAAAACUUCUGAAUUGGCUGGAAUAGAGAUCAGUGAAGAGCAACUACAAGCACACUUAAUGAGUAAAAAAAUGUAUGAAAGAUACACAUUGUCAUUUAUGGAUCUUCAGAUUAUGGUUGGUCGAGUGAAGGAUAACUGGAAACAUGUUCAGGAUAGUGUUGUGGGUCCAACUCACGUGGUAGAAAAAUUUAAUGUUCAUUUGCAGUUGGAGCGCAGACUGAUAUACACAUCUGAUCCAAAAUACCCAGGGGCUGUCCUGUCUGGGAAUUUACCAGACUUGAAAAUACAUAUCAAUGAGGAUAAAAUAUCAGCUUUGAAGAACUGUUUUGCAAGGAUGAGUACAUCUGAAACUAAAUGUGCAGAUAAGAUUUUCACAGAGGUGGACCAGCACGGAAGUUUGCAUGAUUCUGUAAUGAAUUUAACACAGAGCGUAAUGAUGGUUGAACAGCAUACUAGAGAGGUUCUUGUAGAGUCUCAACUUCUUUUAGCUGAAUUUAAAGUUAACUGUAUGCAGUUAGGUGUUGAAAGCAAUGGGCGCUAUAUCUCUGUACUUAAGGUUUUUGGCACCAAUGCCCAUUUUGUGAAGAGGCCUUAUGAUGUAGAAGUGUCACUAACUGUUCAUGGUUUGCUACUGGUUGACACUAUGCAAACAUAUGGCUCCGAUUUUGAUCUUCUGAUGGCUUCUCACAAGAAUCUUAGUUUUGAUGUUCCGACAGGAAGUCUUCAAGAUGAUAGGGCACAGUCUCCUAUUUGUGGACCAAAUGAAGCCUAUCCAAUUAAUGUGGCCAAUUUGACAGAGAAAUGUGCUGCAUCCUCAAAUACUUCAUCUGGUAAUUACGCAAAAGAUCAAGAAUCUCUGAUUAAAUUGGAAUAUCAGUUUGUGAGUGCAGAAUGUCCAUCAAUGAAUUUAGAUAGCACAGUCCAAGUGAUAUCCGUGCAGGUGAACAAUUUGGAUAUCAUUCUUAACCCAGAGACAAUUGUUGAGCUGAUUGGAUUUCUCCAGAAAUCUUUCCCAAAGGAAAAAGAAGAAUCUAGCCCUCAACCUUUAAUGACUGACUUGGAAAGAAAUUUCAGGGGGCAGGAAACCUUUCAGUCUACCUAUGCACGAAAUAUAGAUGUAGAAGUGGACAUUCACUGGCUAAAUAUACUCCUCCUUAGGACAGUUGGAAUGGCAAACGGAGAAAAAUAUGGCAGGAAAAUUGCAACAGCAAGCAUUGGCGGCACCAGAGUUAAUGUCUCUAUGUGUAGCAAGUUGGAAGUAAACGGCUCUCUUGGCUGCUUGCGCCUUAUGGAUCUGACACAAGAUAACAUUAAGAGCCAGUAUGUUGUCAGCAUAGGGAAUACAGCAAGGUAUGAAAAUCUCAUCAGUGAUACUGGCUACUUUGAAUCUAUGUUUGCCAGGCCUGAAGAUGAAAGUAGCCUCUCAGAUGCUUUAAGCUUCAAUUUCACAGAGCAAUCAAAAGAAGAAUGUUCCCUGAAUCUCAAAAUGGCUUCUUUACAUUACAACCACUCAGCUAAAUUUCUGAAAGAACUAACUUUAUCUAUGGAUGAAUUGGAAGAGAAUUUCUGCAGCAUGCUGAAGACAGCAGCCACAAAAGUUACCUCUGUUCUGGCAACUAAAACUGCUGAGUACAGUGAAAUGGUUUCUCUCUUUGACACAACACCACGGUCAAGAGAUCUUUUCAAUUUAGAAGAUAAUGAGGAAGAUGGGUUUGGAUCAUCAUCUCUCAAAAUUGAUACCAUUAAACUUAUCUUAAAUGUAAAUGUUGAGUCGCCAAUUGUAUCAAUACCUCGCAAGCCAGGUAGCCCUGAACUGCUUGUAGGACAUCUAGGGCAAAUAUCUAUUCAAAAUUUUGUGCCAGGAGAUGACGAGUCUAGAAGUGACAGACUGCAAGUUGAAAUUAAAGAUAUUAAAAUGUAUUCUUUAAAUAGCAACCAGUUUAUGGUCAGGAAAGAGCCUACAUGUGAGAUGACUCAUGGGGUGCACUCUCCUUCAGGUAGUGGCAGUGUUACUAGCCAAGAGGAAUCCAACUUUACUCGUCAUGAUUUUUUUGAGUCAUUACAUAAAGGUCAUGCUUUUCACAUUCUGAACAACACCACUAUCCAAUUUAAAUUGGAAAAGAUCCCAGUAGACAGAGAUUUAGAGUUGACAUUCCCUUUGAGCAAUGAAGACCUUGGAAUAUCAAGCAUUAUGAGAAUUGAGGGGAAAUUUGUCAAUCCCCUUCAGGUGGUGCUAGCAAAACAUGUGUAUGAGCAAGUUUUGCAAACCCUUGACAACUUAAUUUACGAUGAAGAUUUGAAUAAAUUUGUAUCCAGUUCUACAUCUUCAACUUAUCCUAGUUCUCCUUCAGCAUUACUUCGUAGUGUAGGAUCAGAGUUCUCGAAUGAACGGAAGGAGAAUGGAUUGUUCAGCCAUUCCAGCUUUUCUGCUGUUCCAAACAAGUCGAUUCCUGUUAGAGAAACAAAAUCUUUUACCCACAUUCAAGCAAACUUUCAUAUUUCAGAACUCCAGGUUCAGUUAUGUGGAGAUCUUACACUUGGAGCACAAGGUCUGGUCAGCUUAAAGUUUCAGGACUUUGAUGUUGAAUUCACUAAGGAUCAUCCACAUACUUUAUCUGUUCAGAUUACCUUGCGUUCUCUGUUGAUGGAAGACCUGUUGGAAAAAAGUCCAGAUUCCAUGCACAAGAACCUCAUGGUAUCCCGGGGUGCACCCAAACCCUCCAGUUUAGUGCACAAGGAAUAUCUUUCCCAAUCUUGCCCAUCAGUAUCCAAUGUGGAGUAUCCAGACAUGCCACGUUCCCUCCCUUCCCACAUGGAAGAAGCACCAAAUGUUUUUCAGUUAUACCAAAGACCAAUUUGUGCCUCCCGUAAGGCACAAAAAGAAGAUGCUGAUUCUGAAUAUCCUUUGACCCCACCUCCUUCUCCAACAUUAAGCAAGUCGAAGGUCCCUUCUGGAAAAAAUAACUUUGAUGAUUCAUUGGUUCAUAUCAAUAUAUUCCUAGUGGACAAGAAACAUUCUGAAUUUUCUUCUUGCUAUAACAAAAUUAACCGUAGCGUGGAUGUUGACUUCAAUUGCCUUGACGUUUUAAUAACAUUGCAAACCUGGGUGGUGAUAUUGGAUUUUUUUGGGAUUGGCUCCACUGCUGACAACCAUGCUAUGAAGCAACAACCUGAGGAUAUUCAGCAGAUGGUUAAAUCAGAAACAAAUGUCUUACCGACUUCUGAAGUUGAGGAUCCUGUAAACACUAAGUUGAAACUUAAGGUUCAUUCCCUAUCCUUAGUAUUGAAUAAGGCGACCAGUGAGCUGGCUAAAGCUAAUGUGUCAAAACUUGUCACGUACCUGGAAAUGACAGAUGGAGACUUAGCCCUACAGGGAAGCAUUGGAAGCCUGUCCCUAAGUGAUCUUACCUCUCAUGGAGAGUUUUAUAGAGAACGGUUCACUACAAGUGGUGAAGAGGCACUCAUUUUCCAAAUUUACAAGUAUGGGCGACCUGACCCUUUGCUACAAAGAGAGUGUGAUAUUCGUGUCAGCUUGCGGAUGGCAUCAGUUCAGUAUGUGCAUACUCAGCGCUUUCAGGCAGAAGUGGUAUCUUUCAUCCAACAUUUCACUCAGCUUCAGGAUGUCCUAGGGCGCCAGAGAGCAGCAAUUGAAGGACAAACAGUGAGAAAUCAGGCACAGCGAGCCUCUCGAGUUUUUCUUGACAUUGAAGCUGGUGCUCCUGUUCUGCUUAUCCCUGAAAGUUCCAAGUCUAACCAUCUUAUUGUGGCUAAUCUUGGCAAAUUGAAAGUUAAGAACAAGUUUCUCUUUGCAGACACACCAGGUACCUUCUCGUUAAAAGACAAGGAUUCUGUUCCAUUUUCUUCACCGCUGGGAACCCCAAAACAUAGCAUAAAGAAAACAACAAGUUCAGAUGAAUUUAAGGGGGUUAUGAGCCCGACAGAAGGGUUAUUCAUGAGAUCAUCUUCUGGAACUAAUAUGAAUCUGAAAAGCGAGUCUGGAUUGAGUAUAUUGACUAAACAGCAAGGACAACCACCAAAAUCACCUCUUACACAAAUCUCUGACAAUCCAGAGGAUCAUAUCUGCCUGUUAGACUGCAUUGUGGUUGAUCUGCAGAACAUGGACAUCUUUGCUGCAGAGAGAUACUCUGGAGAAUAUUCUAAGGGAAAAGAGAACACCAGUGCAGAUCUGAACUUCCCUUCCUACUUUGUGAGGCAGACAGGAGGAAGUCUCUUAACGGAACCUUUUGGAUUAAAGCUGCAAGUAGAGAGAAACUUAGACAAGGAGAUAAGUCACGCAGUUCCAAACAUAUCAAUUCAUGGCAAUCUGUCAUCAGUCCAUUGCUCUCUGGAUCUGAGUAAAUAUAAACUUAUUCGAGGACUAUUGGAGAGUAACCUUGGGGAACCUAUAGAAGAGUUUAUGCGACCUUAUGAUCUGCAGGAUCCAAGAAUUCAUACUGUGUUGAGUGGAGAAGUGUAUACAUCUAUGUCUUUUCUUAUUGACAUGGUUAAUGUGAGUCUGGAACUGGUUGAUCCAAAAGGAAAGGAUGGACUCAGCUCAUUAGCCAGGUUUGACUUUAAGAAAUCCAAGUUGCUUUUUGAGAGUUUCUCAAAUGAGACAAAAUCUGUUAACUUGGUUUCACAUUCUAUGAUGGCAUUCGACACUCGUUAUGCUGGACAGAAGACAACUUUAGGCAUGCCUAAUGUGUUCAACUGCAUCUUUCAGUCAUCAAAGAAUAGUAGUACUAAAGGAGCAAUACAGAUUGAAUUGCAUUUCAGAUCCACUAAGGAUUCCUCCUGUUUCACAGUUGUUCUGAACAACCUUCGUGUAUUUUUAAUAUUUGACUGGCUGCUGCUUGUUCAUGACUUUCUACAUACUCCCAGUGAUGUUAAAAAGCAGGAUAAUCUGACUUCUGCUCGACAACGCACUUAUAGCAGUGAAACAACUGUAGUUCCUAAAACAGUGAAAAGUGGAAUAGUUACAAAACGUUCUUCUCUCCAGGUGACUACUGAAAAACAACUGGAAGUCAAGAUUAAUGUAACAGGUACUGAAUUUGUGGUAGUUGAAGACAUGUCUAGUUUUGAUACCAAUGCAAUUAUUCUGAAAGGAACCACUGUCCUUACAUACAAGCCCAAAUUGGUGGAUCGACCUUUCUCUGGUAGUUUGUCUGAUAUUGAGGUUUUUUCUUGCCGACUGGGAAAUGAGCAGGACACAGCACUGUCUAUCAUUGAUCCUGUAUAUAUUCAAAUGGAACUUGUUGGGAAUUCGUCUUAUCCUAGGGGCUCAGGCUUGUUGGAUGCAUUCAAUAGUGAAGAUUUCCCACCAAUUCUAGAGAUUCAGUUACAAGCCCUGGACAUCAGACUAUCCUAUAAUGAUGUGCAGCUGUUUUUGGCCAUUGCAAAGUCCAUCCCUGGGCAGACCGGUGCUGCUGUGCCUGAGUCCUGUGUCUUGGAUACCGAGACUGCUGCUAAUAAUCUUUCCAAUUUAUCUUGGGAAAAUGAAAUCUCAUCAACAUCUGAAAACAGAGACGUAUCUAAACACAUAUUGGAUCCAGUUCUUGAAGUACAACUAGCUCGACUUCAGGACCUGGGAUUUAGUAUGGAUGAUUGUCGUAAAGCUCUUUUGAUUUGCCAAGGCCAGUUGAAAAAAGCAGCAAGCUGGUUAUUUAAGAAUGCUGAACCUUUGAAUUCACAGUCGUUAGCCUCUGGAGGUCGAGGUAGCCAGGCGACUGUGCCGGUUCAGUUGAUCUCUGGAGUGGAGAUUAAAGCAGAAAGCAUAUGCAUUUGCUUCAUUGAUGACUGUAUGGACUGUGAUGUUCCCCUAGCUGAGUUAACUUUUUCACGUUUGAAUUUUCUCCAGCAUGUGAGAGCCAGCCCUGAAGGCUAUGCUCAUUUUACACUCUCUGGAGAUUAUUAUAACCGUGAGCUUUCGGGCUGGGAGCCAUUUAUUGAGCCAUGGCCCUGUUCAGUCUCCUGGCAAAAACAGGCAUCCAGCCGCCUCCACCCUUCUCGCCUGAAGGUGGAAGCAAAGGCUAAACAUCGUCUCGAUAUCAAUAUUACCUCUGUAUUAACUGAACAGUACACUAGUACCAAAAAGUCAUGGAUGGCAGAUUACUGUAAACAGGAGAAAGUGGACACAGUCAAAUCAGAAGACUGGAUGGGAUCUUCUGUGGACCCACCAUCCUUUGGACAGAGCCUUCCCCUUGUCUACCUUAGAACUAGGAGUACAGCCAGUCUGACUAACCUAGAACAUCAUAUCUAUACUAGAGCUGAAAUGAAGACCCCAAAACGCAGACAACCCUUUGUACCAUUUGCGCUGCGGAAUCACACAGGAUGUACUCUGUGGUUUGCUACCCUAACUACUACACCUACCCGUGCAGCGCUAUCUCACAGUGGGAGUCCAGGUGUCAUUUCUGAGGAAAAUGGAACGUUUCUUGAUGAUGCGCACAAUGUCAGUGAGUGGCGAGAAGUUCUCACUAGUGAGGAGAUUCCAUUUGAAUUUGAAGCCAGAGGGAAACUAAGACACAGGCACACACAUGAUCUAAGAAUUCAUCAGCUUCAAGUGAGAGUAAAUGGCUGGGAACAAGUUAGUCCAGUGUCAGUAGACAAAGUUGGAACCUUUUUCCGAUAUGCAGCACCUGACAAGAACACAUCGUCUUCUACUGUUGGGAGCCCCAUCAGUAGAACAAAUAUAAUACAUCCCCAUGUCUAUUUUUCUUCAUUGCCUCCAGUUCGGGUGGUAUUUGAUGUUACCAUGGAAGGAAGUGCUCGGAAGGUGAUAACUGUGCGCUCUGCAUUGAUUGUGAAAAAUAGGCUGGAAAUACCAAUGGAAUUAAGACUGGAUAGCCCUUCAGCGCCUGACAAACCUGUAGUGCUUCCAGCAGUAAUGCCAGGGGAUUCCUUUGCUAUUCCAUUACACCUUACAUCUUGGCGAUUGCAGGCCAGGCCAAAAGGAAUGGGAGUCUUUUUCUGUAAGACUCCCAUUCAUUGGACUAACGUGCAGAAGGCAGCAGAGACAUGUAGCAGCAAACGAGAGUGCCAUUCAAUGGAAUCUGAAAACAGCCGAUUUUUCAGGUUUUGUGUGGCUAUAAAGAAAGAGAAUUAUCCAGAUUACAUGCCCUCAAACAUAUUUUCUGACAGCGCUAAACAGAUUUUCAGACAGCCUGGGCAUACCAUUUAUCUCUUGCCAACUGUGGUAAUCUGUAACUUGCUACCUUGUGAACUCGAAUUUUAUGUUAAAGGGAUGCCAAUUAACGGGACACUAAAACCUGGCAAAGAGGCAGCGUUGCAUACGGCUGAUACAUCUCAGAACAUUGAGCUUGGGGUAUCUCUGGAAAAUUUCCCACUGUGCAAGGAGCUGUUGAUUCCUCCUGGGACACAAAAUUAUGUUGUUCGAAUGCGAUUGUAUGAUGCCAACAAGCGACAACUAAAUCUAACCAUAAGGAUUGUAUGUCGAGCUGAAGGGUCUCUUAAAAUAUUCAUUUCUGCACCAUAUUGGCUAAAGAACAAAACAGGGUUACCACUGAUCUUCAGACAGGACAAUGCGAAGACAGAUGCAGCAGGACAGUUUGAAGAACAUGAGCUUGCUAGAAGCCUGAGCCCACUUCUCUUCUGUUACGCUGACAAAGAACAGCCAAACUUCUGUACAAUGCGAAUUGGGAAAGGAAUCCACCCUGAAGCUAUGCCCUGCUGGUGUCAGGGAUUCUCACUGGAUGGAGGCAGCGGUGUCCGAGCCCUUAAAGUAAUCCAGCCAGGAAACCGACCUGGCCUGAUUUAUAACAUUGGUAUUGAUAUUAAGAAGGGGAGAGGUCGUUAUAUUGACACUUGCAUGGUAACAUUUGCACCCCGUUACCUGUUAGAUAAUAAAUCAACACACAAGCUUGCCUUUGCUCAACGGGAAUUUGCCAGAGGUCAGGGCAUCUCCAAUCCUGAUGGCUAUAUCUCUACUCUUCCUGGUUCCAGUGUUGUGUUUCAUUGGCCACGUAAUGAUUAUGAUCAAUUAUUAUGUGUACGGCUAAUGAAUGUUCCCAACUGCAUUUGGUCUGGGGGUUUUGAAGUCAACAAAAAUAGCUCCUUCCAUAUCAAUAUGAGGGAUACUCUUGGAAAAUGUUACUUUUUAAGAGUUGAAAUUACCCUUCGAGGAGCUACAUACCGCAUCUCAUUUGGUGACACUGAUCAGUUACCUCCUCCUUUUCGCAUAGACAAUUUUUCCAAGGUCCCAGUUGUUUUUACUCAGCAUGGUGUUGCAGAGCCUAGACUCUGCACUGAAGUGAAGCCAAUGACCUCUUUGGAUUAUGCAUGGGAUGAACCUACCCUCCCACCUUUUAUCAUGCUUUCAGUGAAAGGGGCAGGCUCCUCAGAAAUUACCUGCAGCAUGAAUGACUUUCAAGACAGCAAACAGCUUUAUUAUGAAAACUUCAUCUAUAUUGCUGCUACGUAUACUUUCUCAGGAUUGCAACAGGGGACAGGAAGGCCAGUUGCUUCAAAUAAAGAUGCUGCUUGUGCAGAGCUUGUCCUGGAUGUUUCUCCAAAGACACACAGAGUAAUACUAAAGAAAAAGGAACCAGGGAAACGAUCCCAACUUUGGAGAAUGACUGGCACCGGCAUGCUUUGCCAUGAAGGCUCCUCAGUUCCUCAUAACCCCAAUAAGUCAUCUUCACCUCGAGUGGUUGAAUCAUCCAUGAUCUUAGAUAUUGCAGGCCUGGCUGCAGUCACAGAUAACAGGUAUGAGCCCCUAAUGCUGAGAAAGCCAGAUCGACGGCGCAGUACUACUCAGACAUGGAGUUUUCAAGAUGGCAAAUUAACUUGUGGAAUGCAUGGCCUUGUUGUACAGGCAAAAGGAGGAAUAUCAGGUUUACGUGAUGGGGCUGAGGUGGUUCUUGGUCCUGAUAUGUCUGUAGAGUUUUUGGGGCCCAUUCCACCUGAACAGCAGUUUGUAAACCAGAAGAUGAGGCCUGGGUCAGGAGUACUGGCAGUCAGAGUUGUUCCAGAUGGACCAACUCGAGUUCUUCAGAUAACAGAUUUUAACCAACGCAGAAAUGAUCGUUUAUCAUGUGAAGGCAGUGAACUUCCAGUUACGGAACAAGAUUUGCGCAAGUUAAAAAAUCCAGACACAGAUCAGGAAUUGGAAGUGCUAGUGAAAUUAGAAGGUGGAAUAGGAUUAUCUUUAGUUAAUAAAGUCCCUGAAGAGCUGGUGUUCGCAAGCCUCACUGGAAUUAAUGUUCACUACACACAGUUAUCAUCCAGUCAGGUGCUUGAGCUCAGUAUACAGGAUGUACAGGUGGAUAACCAGCUCAUUGGCACCACCCAGCCUUUCAUGCUCUUUCUGACUCCCAAAAUCAGUGAAAAUGAAGCAAUUGAAACAGGCCCUGCAGUGCAAUUAAAUGCAGUGAAAUUUCCCAGUAAGAAUGCACUAACUGAUAUAUACAAGCAUCUGAUGAUCACUGCUCGGAAGUUCACAGUCCAAAUUGAGGAGAAACUGCUCCUGAAACUAUUGAGUUUCUUUGGCUAUGACCAGUCAGAAUCAGAGGUUGAAAAAUAUGAUGGAAACCUCCAUGAAAAGACCACUGAUCAAGAUGGGGCGCAGAAGCGAUACUACUUUGAAAAUCUUAAAAUCAGCGUGCCACUGAUGAAGUUGAGUGUCUUCACUUCCAAUAAACUGCCUUCAGACCUCAAGGCACUGAAAAGCACACUGGGAUUUCCUCUAAUCCGAUUUGAAGAUGCAGUGAUUAUCCUGGAUCCAUUCACUAGGGUCCACCCAUAUGAAACAAAGGAGUUUAUCAUUAAUGAUAUCCUUAAGCAUUUUCAAGAGGAGCUGCUUAGUCAGGCAGCAAGGAUUCUGGGUUCAGUGGAUUUCCUUGGCAACCCGAUGGGUCUCCUGAACGAUGUUUCAGAAGGUGUUACAGGGCUAAUAAAAUAUGGAAAUGUUGGUGGCCUUAUAAGAAAUGUCACACAUGGAGUAUCCGACUCUGCUGCCAAGUUUGCUGGGACUUUAUCAGAUGGUUUGGGAAAGACGAUGGAUAACCGACAUCAAACUGAACGAGAGUACAUUCGAUACCAUGGUGCAACCAGUGGAGAACAUUUCAUAGCUGGGAUCCAUGGACUUGCUCAUGGUAUCAUUGGUGGAUUAACAAGUGUAAUCACCUCGACAGUAGAAGGUGUCAAAACUGAAGGAGGAGUCAGUGGUUUCAUAUCAGGCCUUGGGAAAGGGCUGGUUGGCACAGUAACCAAACCAAUGGCUGGCGCUCUAGAUUUUGCUUCUGAGACGGCGCAGGCAGUGAGAGAUACUGCAACUCUUAGUGGCCCCAGGACACAAGCUGAGAGAGUGAGGAAGCCACGCUGUUGUCGAGGUCCUCAAGGACUCUUGCCCCGGUAUUCAGAAAGCCAGGCAGAAGGACAAGAACGGCUAUUCAGGCUGACAGACAACAUCCAAGAUGAAUUUUUCAUAGCAGUGGAGAACACAGACAGCUAUUGUGUUGUCAUUUCAUCCAAAGCUGUUUAUUUCCUGAAGAAUGGGGAUUAUGUAGACAAAGAAGCCAUCUUCUUGGAAGUCAAGUAUGAUGAUCUCUACCACUGCCUCAUUUCCAAGGACCACGGGAAGGUCUAUGUACAACUGACAAAGAAAGCUGUGAAUACAAGUAGCGGUGUAGCAAUACCAGGCCCAUCACAGCAGAAACCUAUGGUUCAUGUGAAGUCUGAAGUCCUAGCAAUAAAGUUAUCUCAAGAAAUAAACUAUGCAAAGAGCCUUUAUUAUGAGCAACAACUUAUGUUAAGACUCAGUGAAAACCAAGAACAAUUGGAGCUGGACUCCUGAAACUACCCAACUUACUGCCAGACUGGAUUUCCCUAACACCAUAGCAAGUACUGAUCCAAGGAGUAAGGGUAUUCUAGCUCCAAACUCAAAUGAAAGAACAAAAUUUGGGUUGGGGAAAGUGUAUUCUGCAAUUGAAGAACACACUGCACCGGAAACCAAUGCACUUAGAGUAUUUGCUGUAUGGGAUUAUUUAGUUUGAGGAAAAAAAUACAAGUGAUUAGUUGAAUAACAGACAAAUUUGAAAUGUUAUGGGGGAGGUUCUGUAUUUUGAUAACCUGUAUAUAUGUACAACUGUGUUUUGUAAAUAAGGAAGUAUAAAAUAGUUUUGUGGGUCUGUAUAAAGGUCUGUUUAAUGUAAAGAAAUGAAAGCAAAGUUAUAUUGAGUCAUAUUGCACUAUUUGAAAUGGCACAUUCUCUCUAGAAAGCUGUUCUAAAGACUGGAGGAAUGUAGAUGUAAUAUAAAGACAUUCAUUUGUCUUCUGUGGUGUUGGGAUCCCAUACACAGACGACCUGUAUUGUGCGUGGUUCAAGAAUCUCUUCAUAAGGGUGCACUUAUUUGAUUUUCAGGACUCUGGGCGCAACUCAAAGCACAUGCGUAAAGCACUCUGCCAGAGAUUCACUGCCUUUUUUAUACCAGAUUCAUAAUGCUUUUGUGAAUCUGUUUACUGGAGUAAAGUGGUGGGGCUUACUGGUUAGUUUAACAGCUUUUUUAAGUACUAGAGAGAUCAUUUUUUGCAAAAUGAUUGAGUUUUAGUUUUCAGAAAAAUAACCACACCCUGUUCAGAGCUAUAUUAUAAACCGAUAUAAUCCAGUUGAAGGGGACAUGGGCAAGAUAAUUUAAAAUGGACAAAACUUGAAAUCUUAAUUUACUGGUUUCAUACACCAUUCCUUCACCACCUUUUGAUUUAAUAAGUGUGGUUUAAUAAGUUAGUUUGUUAUUGUAGGGUUUCUCAGAAGUGUUAAGACUGCCGGCACAGGUUUGGGUUGAUUUAAAAAUCACUGCAUCAUUUGCUUUGGGAUCUUAAAAAAAUGCACCUCCUAAUUAGACAUUUUGAACAGAUACAGUAUUGAGAGACAGAAGUACUUUGUCAAAUUUAGACUUCUCAACCUUGGCAGUGUUCCUUUACUGAAAACAGAGUGUGAUCUCAUAGCCUUGGAGGAAAGAUGAAGCUAGAAAAGCUGACUGUAAUGGAGUUAAGUCUUAUUUUGUAAGUUUUUUUCAAUUAAAAGAUAUAAGGAAUA